AUGAGCAGUAGCACAAACAAUACCCCAGUCCCCUCAACAAGUUCCAAGAAGUCGUUGAAAGUUUUCAGUGAUGACAUAUGGAAAAAUAAGACAGCCAAAAUAAAUGCUGAGCUUUUCACUUUGACGUAUGGCUCUAUAGUCUCUCAAUUGUGCACGGAUUACGAGCGUGAUUUCGCCAAAGUAAACAACCAGCUUUACUCAAUGGGCUAUAAUAUAGGUGUUAGACUGAUUGAAGAUUUUUUGGCUAGAACGGCGCUUCCUAGGUGCGAUUCUCUGGCCCGAACUAGCGAGGUAAUAACCAUAUGCGCUUUCAAAGUGUUUCUCAAUGUGACACCACAAGUGGGAAACUGGUCAAGUAACAAGGACUCGUUUUCUCUUUUCCUAGAGGAAAACCCUCUGUCUGAAUUUGUGGAGUUACCAAUGGACGCGGCUAAAGAAUUGUGGUAUUCGAACAUUCUUUGUGGGGUGCUGAAAGGCGCGCUAGAGAUGGUUCAAAUGGAUUGCGAUGUGUGGUUCGUGAAUGACGUUUUGAAGGGCGAUCAGACUACAGAGUUGCGGAUCAAGCUUAACAGAGUUCUGAAAGAUGAAAUUCCUGCAGGCGAGGAUUAA